GAUUGUGCAGGGCUGGCUUGCAAGGCAAGGAAGCAGAGCAGCCAGGGCCAUGAGUUCCAGCCGAAGGAGGAGGAAAACCAAGGAAGGAAGCCCUGCAGCAGAGCCACCAGGGUCCCAGAAGAAGCAGAAGCAGGUUCUGAUCCACCAGGCGCUCCUGAAGGACCCCAUAGACCUAGAAGGGCUGCGCCAAGCCGCCUUCAGCCGGGGAGGCCUUUUGGCCGAUGAGAUCCGGAGGAAGGUCUGGCCCAAACUGCUGGGGGUCAACGUCUACAGCCUGCCCCCCAAGCCAGGUAUGGAAGUGCGGCAGAACCACAAAGAUUACAACCAGGUGUUGCUGGACGUCCGACGCUCCGUCCGCAGGUUCCCUCCAGGGAUGCCCGAGGCCCAGCGCCAGGUCUUGCAGGAGCAGCUGACGGACGCCAUCCUGCACGUGCUGAGAUCCCACCCGGAGCUCCACUACUACCAAGGCUACCACGACAUCGCGGUGACGCUGCUGCUGGUCGCCGGGCAGCGCAUGGCCAUGGCUCUCCUGGAAAGGCUCUCCUUGCUCCAUCUCAGGGACUUCAUGGACCCCACCAUGGACAGCACCAAGCACAUCCUCAAUUACCUGAUGCCAAUCCUGCAGCGGGAGAGGCCCCGCCUCCAUGACUUCAUGCACAGGGCCGAAGUGGGCACCAUCUUUGCCCUGAGCUGGCUGAUCACCUGGUACAGCCACGUCCUGGCCAACGUCCACCACACUCUGCGCCUCUACGACUUCUUCCUGGCCUCUCACCCGCUCAUGGCUGUCUACUUUGCAGCAGCUAUCGUCCUCCACCGCGAAGAGGAUGUCCUGGCCUGUGAGUGCGACAUGCCCAGCCUCCACCAGCUCCUCUCCCGCAUCCCCCAGGACCUGCCUUACGAGACCCUCGUCCUCCGCGCCCAGGGGCUCUUCCGGCGGCAUCCGCACACCGAGCUGGCCAAGCAGGCUGCCCUCCAGGCCCACAAGAGCAUCAGCAUCGGCUCCUUCCUGGAGUUCCAGCAGGCUGCCUCUUGCCAGCGUCCGGACACCAUCCUCCUCCGACAGCAGCAGCAGCGCCGGACCUCGAACCCCAGACCGGAGUCUCUCCUCUCCACCACGGAGCACAGUCCGCUGGUCAAGGCGGCCGUCUGGGGCAUUUCAGCCACUUUAGGGGCCGCCGCUUUGGCCGUCACCCAGACCGCCUUGGAGUGGGGCCCCGAGUUCCUCCUCCAGCUCUUCUAGCAAGGACUACGAGAGCCAUCUUCACCCAAGGUCUUCACACAAGGUCUUCACCCCAUUUCGUCUGACUGGGUGACACUCUCUCAGCCUCGGAAGGCAAACCACUUCUGCACAAAUAUUGCCAAGGAAGCCUGCUUGGAGUCGAUCUUCCAGGGAUAGACUGUAUAGUUGCACUUUGAGUGCUGACCUCUGAUUUUGGGAGGCCAGAGUUCGAAUUUGUGGUUGGGCUUGGGCGCUAGGCAUAUGCAAUCCAUAGUUCGAAAUGGUUCUAAAGUACUUACAAAACUAAAGUUCUGGUUGUGAACACUAGGGGGCGCUGGUGCUUUGCUUCUACAGUGUUGCUAAAGUUCUGGUGGUGAAAAUUUCAGAACUCUAACACAACUUUCAAAAUGUCAUUAUUACUUCAUUGUUGGUGAUUUUUAUGACAGAACCUCUUAGUAACUGAUGAAGUACUUCCGCAUUCCCCGCAUGCUUUUGCUGGAGUGCUUUGUGGAGUCGAUGCCCCCCACAAUAUAAAAUAUAAUUUGAAACAUGUAGCAUAUAAUAUAAAACCCAUACAAAACCAAUAAA